GACCCCAUUAUUUCCUCGUCUUAGUUCGCAGUGAAUAGAACGCCGUUUCCAUUUCGUCCGAAACCAUGGCAGAUACAGCAACCACAACCCCAGCCAAGAAGAAGGUUACAAAGCCUAAGGUGCCAGCAGCGCACCCCAAGUACGUUGACAUGAUCAGGGCCGCCCUGGAAUCUUUGAAAGAGCGUGGCGGAUCUUCCAGACAAGCCAUUCUAAAGUACAUAAUGGCCAACUACAAAGUCGGCAACGACGUCAACUCCAUCAACGCCCACUUGAAAAUGGCUCUGAAGAACGGAGUGAAGAAAGGUGCUCUGAAACAAGCCAAGGGCACAGGCGCCAGUGGCUCCUUCAAGCUUGGUGACAAGCCCAAGACUGAGAAGAAGCCAAAGGCCAAGAAAGUUGCCAAGCCUAAGGCAGCAAAACCCAAGAAGGCCGCAGCAGCAAAACCAAAGAAGGUAGCCGGAGAGAAAAAGACUGCAGAGAAGAAGAAGAAGUCCCCCAAGAAAGCAGCCGGACCGAAGAAGGUUAAGACUCCAAAGAAGAAGGCAGCAACUAAAUCCCCAAAGAAGGCAGCAGCCAAGCCAAAGAAGGUCAAGACACCUAAGAAGUCAGCUGCAAAGAAAGCCAAGACUCCCAAGAAGGCAGCAGCAAAGAAAUAAGCAAUUCCAGCAUCACUGCAGAUUGCUCACUUUAAAAAAAAAAAAAGCCCUUUUCAGGGCUACCCAUAUUUUUCGAAAAGAUGUCUCAAUUACAAAUAACAAAGAAACGUACAUGUGUGUGUGUGUGUGUCAUGAAUGUAAUAUUACAUGCUUGGGUGCAUAUCUAAUAAAACAUAGUUUUUAAAAUCGCAUAAAAAAAAAGGUGACGACUGUCGGUAUUCAUUCCAUGUAUUCAUUCAUUCAUUCAUUCAUUACUUUAUUUCUUCAUUUGUAUUGGAAAUAUCAUCCAUUGAUUAUGAAUGAUAUAAUGAACAAAAAACAGACACAAACAAAAUGAAUUGACGUGCAUUAUUACUAUCUGUGCAUGUUUUCCUAUAUUUAGAAAAUGUUAGUCUCUGCACUUGACAUAUAUUCACAUGAAACAUGUAAUGAAUAU